CUUCCUAGUUACUUAAUGCUGCAUGUUGUGGUUGCUUCACAAUCCGUUUAUUGAUUUAUUACAGUCCAGGAAUGGUACAUUUCUUACUGCGACGAAACUGGAUUGGACAAAUUCGUCUGGCACUCACUCUUUUCGGACUCCCGUUUCCUGUGUGCGCCUCCGGAGUUAGGCCAGCCAUCUCCUGCUCUCCUGCCAGUCCUUUCAGAACCAGUCAAACCCUCAGAUACAUCACCACCAGUUACUGUAACCAGAGUUUUCAAGCCAUGCCAUCCUCAGCAGCACCUCAUGUAAAAUCCAGAUCUCCAUUGUAUGGAGGGACUAAAGUGAAGCGCUUCCCUGUGCCCGAUGAUAAAGUAAUGUGGAGUCAGACCUGGCCUCAGUACAGUCCAGUCAGCUACACUGACCCCGCUGUAGCAAAGAAGCCACAAUGGGCUGACCCUGAUAUUGGCUCCUUCUCACCAAAGUUCAACAGUAUUGAUGGUGGUGUUGACCGGACAAGCUUUGAAGGGAACUACAAAGUAGAAAAAGGAAAACCGCUAAACCCUCGUGGACGCACUGGGUUAACUGACAGAGGUUUGCUUGGACGAUGGGGGCCUAAUCAUGCAGCAGAUCCCAUUGUCACCAGGUGGAAAUUUGAUGCAAAAGGUGGAAAGAUACUUCACUCAGUGUCCAAACGGCCCAUCCUGCAGUUUGUGGCCAUUAAGAGGAAGGACUGUGGCGAGUGGGCUAUUCCUGGGGGCAUGGUAGAUCCAGGGGAGCACGUUUCUCUUACACUGCAGCGGGAAUUCUCAGAAGAAGCUUUGAAUUCACUGAUGGUCCCAGCAUCGGAGAGAGCAAAAAUUCAUGAACGUAUCACGAAACUCUUCAAAUCACCAGGAUUUCAGGUUUAUAAAGGCUAUGUGGAUGAUCCACGAAACACAGACAACGCAUGGAUGGAGACAGUUGCUAUCAACUUCCACGAUGAGUCAGGCAACAGUGUGAGCGAGCUGCCAUUGCAAGCUGGUGAUGACGCAGGACAAGUCAAAUGGGUUGACGUUGACUCGUCCUUCCCCCUCUACGCGAGUCAUUCCUCUUUCCUGGAGCUGGUUGCCAAAGAGAGAAAAGCCCACUGGUAACCAGGGAGCGGACUCUACUCUUACAUUAUAAUGGAGAAAACAUGCAAGCACUUGCACUCUCUGGGCCCUGAAAGAAAUUGGGAAUUUAAGAUGUAUGAGAAUAUUGCCUCACUUAUUUCCAGCAUAAUAAGACGAAGUUAUAACAGUGUAUGCCUUAAAUGCAUCUCAUUAUUUUGCUAUACCUGUUUAUGUCCACUGUGCACUAUACAGAAACAUUAUGACUGUGCAGUAUCAGAGUAGUAUAGAAGAUAUUGUAAAAUUAAUGAUAUUAUCAGUUUGAAAGCUUGGCUGCAAUAAGAAAGCUCACUGUGGAACUGUGAAGUUUUCCAAGAAUGUUAAAGCUGCUGUUUGGAGGGAAAAUAGAGGACAUGCACUGAACAUAUUUCUCAUAGACUGUAUGUAAAGAUAGACAGAGUGGCAGCUGCAAACUAAAAUUUCUCUCACUCCCCUUGAUAGCUUCAGUAUAGAUCAUAGAUCAUGUCCCUUCUGUGUUAUUAUUCAAUGAAACCAAACUAAAACUUCAAAAUACACAUCCGAUCAAAAUUUAAUAAAGUUUCCUGUGUUUUUCAGCAGAUUUCUUGAGAAUGAGUUGUGUACAAACUGAAUAACAGCCACAAUUCCCAGUCAUGAAUCUGAUCAGGUGGUGGGCAGGGGCAUCCUGCAUCUCUAUUGUAUAAACUCUGGCUCCAAAGUGUGUAACACAAGCAACUUGUCAGUUUCUGUGAUUCUGGAAUUUUGGCUUUUUCCACAGUGAGAGGAAAGAGGAUUGCAGCAGCAUCUUUAUGUACAGUCUAUGGUAUCCAUAAUGAAGCUUUAAUUUGAAGGCAAAGCUUGAAUUUAAUACUUGGAAGAAAAAUGCAAGAUGGUGCUCAGCGGCAUGACUGACCACUUUUUUCUUUUGUAAAAUAUUAUGCUAAUUUAUUCAUCACACUAACUGAGCGUGAUCGUGUAAGAACAAACACAAUGAGCUGUUCAGCAUAACAUGUACAACAUUAAAUUGAAAUAAAGUGUGAUAAGAGGAGCAAUCAAAAUGUAA